AUGCGUCGCCUCACUGUCCAGACUCUGCUGCUGUACCUGCUUCUCAUCACAAGGGGAUGCUGUGAUUUCCAAGACACGAUCAAAGAACUGAACACAGAGUUUGCUCUGAACUUUUACCACACGUUUGCAGGGCUUGAAGGUUACCAUAAUGUAAUUGUAUCUCCGGCAAGUGUCACUGUGGCACUGGGACUGUUGCAGUUUGGAGCCAAGGGAAACACCUUCACUCAGCUGGAAAAUGCACUAGGAUAUAACGUUCACGACUUGCGAGUGCAGCGUUUCUUGCGGAAAAUGUAUGAGGAUUUAACAAACUCGAGUCACAGUCCAGUGGUUCAGCUGGCAUGUGGCCUCUUCGUGGAAUCCAGCGUCCAGCUCUCCCCUCAUUUCUCUGAGCGCACGGCAGUCUGGGGAAAUGGCAGUCUGCAGCGAGCAAACUUCAGCAAUCCCAAUGAAACUGCAACACUGAUAAAUAAUUGGGUCAGCGCAAAAAGUGGAGGUGAAAUUAGAGAUUUUAUGGCUUGCCCCAUGGCAACCCCACCCCUAACACAGAUUGCUGUGGCCAGCGCCAUGUAUUUUAAAAGUACGUGGCAGAAACCUUUUCUACUCUCAGAGACCCAACACCUCUCAUUUACCAAAGCGGAUGGAACCGUGGUUAAAGUACCCAUGAUGUAUCAAACAGCAGAAGUCAACUAUGGCCAGAUCAAGACUGCGACUAAUCAGAGAUUUACCGUGCUGGAGCUCAGCUAUCUUGGGCAUGCGGUGAGCAUGUUUAUCAUCAUCCCUAGUGAGAGGAGAAUGCCACUGUCUGCCUUAGAGCCACACAUCACAUCCAGAAGCCUUUCAAUGUGGACAAACAAUAUGCGAAGAAUAAAAAUGGAUGUUUUCUUACCGAAGUUUAAAGUGCAAAAUAAGUUCAACCUGAAGAUGGUGCUAGGUGCUUUGGGAAUGACUGACCUUUUCAGCCCUGGUGAGGCCGAUUUCAGAGGAAUUUCUGAGCAGGACAAAUUGUACGUUUCUGAAGCUAUACAUGAAGCUAAAAUAGAAGUCACGGAGAAUGGCACCAAAGCUGCAGCUGCUACAGCUAUGGUUCUACUGAAAAGAUCACGGUCACUUGUAUUUAAGGCAGAUCGACCAUUUUUCUUUCUUCUGCGGCACACCAACACAGGGGCAAUUCUCUUCAUGGGACGAAUUAUGGAUCCUCUUGAAUAAAUAUAUUCCAAAGUCUGCAUUUAAAAAAAAUGAAAAUGAUAUGAAAGAUUUCUGACCAUCAUUCCUUUGGAGUUUCUAGGACACUGUAUUUAUUAACUUUCCACCUUAUUGUAAAUAGCAAUUACAAUUUAGCUGAAAGAGGGAUAUAUUUUUACUGUACUCAUCUUUGUUAUAUAAAUUUGGGUAUUUGUUCUUUUGAAA